AGGUGAGUCAUAUGUGAAGCUUUGGAAUGUAGCCCAGCUCACAAAGCUCCACCUUAACUACACUGUGCAUAUAGUGAUUGGGUGAAGUUGUGUGCUGGUAAAUAUUUACAUAAAUGUUAACCUAGCUGAGGUGGAGCAGGAUGAGAUCCGGAUCUUGAAGCUCCUUGUUUUACUGCAGCUUGAAUGUCUUUAAUGGAAAGAUUAAUUAAACUACAGAGGAGACCAUGGAUUUCCAUACAUUGUACAAAUACAUUUGUCAGUUUUGCCUCAGUAUGCAGGUAGGAGAAGGUUUAUUUCCACCAUCUCUAACACACUGAUCCCUCCUUGCUUCUAACAGAUGUCAUUAACAACUCUGAAUGUCUUACUUACAGGCUGUUUGGGGUUUAGAUGAAGUGAGGCUCCUGAAUCCUCCAGAGGAAGCUCUGCCGGACCACCUUUUGGAAACGCUCUUCUCUUGUGAUGAACCUGCCACAGUGCAGCUGGACUGUAUUGUAUCUUUUGAAACGGGCUCAGUCUCCACACUCCUGUUAAGACAGUGGACUUGUGUCCCUGGUGACCCUGAAACAAGAACUCAGAAGCUGAGAUUGCCGGAUUGGUUGGUGUAUCAAGCUGAUGGGAUUGUUCCAGACUCUCCCUGGGUGCUGAGCUGCAUCCUUCGAGCCUCGGUCAGACACAUUGGAUCCGAUGAUAGUGAGGGGUCUAUCGCAGCUCAGGAUGUGGCAACGCUGCAGCCUAAGCCCUUCUUUAGUCGACCUGUCAAACAGCACCGGCUCUGUAUAGCCUGGAGCACACAAAUGCUGCAAUUAACUCAUCAGUUUUUAAAGAAACAGUGUCUUUUGGAACAAGAAACGGUACAUUUGCUGUCUUCAAUUUACGCCUCAACUGGAGAAAAUUUUGGCAUCACAAAGAGCCUGGAGUCCUAUAGAAAUGAGGUUCUGGAGUACCUGCGAGUUAAAGCCGUUACUUUUCCAUGGUGUAUGUUUUCCAUCUGGAUAUUUGUAACCAAAUACUGCCAAGAACUCAUGUGUGGCAUUUUACACCAUAUAGACUCCCAUAAUAAUUAUGCUACACCAACAGUGUUCCUCACAGAUUCAGGCCAACUACACAUCCAGAUGAAUGGAGAUUCUGGGAAAUCCUCUGCAUUUGUUUCUCCAUUCAAGGUGCCUUUAAGUGAGUGGUGUCGACUCGGUGUGGCGUUGCAUGGCAGGACCGUAAGUGUCUCCAUGGUGUGCACUGAUAAGGAGCAGAGAACUGUUCGGUUUACAGAACAUACGUGGGGACAUAAUGUUGUGUUAGAUGACACAGAAGGAUAUUUCGUGAUUGGUGGAGGGAAAUAUAUCCCAGGUGUGGAGGGUUAUUUUGGACCGGUGGUGUACUAUCGCAACAGAAUAUCACCUCACAGCCAGUCUGAAGCUGCUGUUCCAGAUGUGAUUAAGAAAGUGAACCUGACCGGAUGGCUGCAGACUUGUCAAGGGUUUCGUCUAGAGAUGAAUAUGAAGAUCAGUGGUUAUUCACUCAAGGCCAAACGGAGGACAGAGUCUGACACAUGUUUUGAUGCUUUCCAUCAGUGGAUGGUGAAGCAGAGACUACCAUCAGAUCCCCAGUGUGAGCAGUGGGAGGCAGCUGACCCUCACAGAAAACUUGCUGCAAAACUGGUCAAGUUACUGGCUUUCAAAUAUGGAGGAAGAGCGGUUCGCCUGGCAGCUGUGGGCAGAGCGCUGUACUCCUUAUCGCUUCAUAAGCUGGUCAGAGGGAGCAGCAGUGGCGUGGUCAGCAGAAUAUUUCCAGUGCUGCUCCAAGCUGGCUGCCUAGCUGAUAACCGAGCUCUGCACAUGUCGUCUGUGCUCUACAGCACUGGACUGGGAGUCCAGAAACAGCCUGUUAAGGCUUGGCUCUUGGCUCUGCUGGCAGCCCAGAAUGAUGAUAGAUUGGCGCUUCUUCAUCUCGGGCACCUGCACCACCUCGGACUACAUGGUGUCCCUGCAGACCCAGAUCUGGCCUAUGCCUAUUAUGCAAACAUUGCUAAACAGACAACUGUAGACCGUGAAAAUCCCACACCACAGCAGACAUUUGUGGAGGCUGUUUACUUGAACAAUGAAGGAGUGCUGAAUCUCCAGACCAAUGAAGAUCACCAUAUAUUCCAGUGGCUCAAACUGCAGGCACGCAGAGGAACAGCUGAGGCAGAGCAAGCUAUCGCCCGCAUGCUGUUCUGGGGUCAGCAAGGAGUUUCCCCAAACAUCCAGGAGGCUGCGAGACACUACAGAAGGGGAGCUGUCCACUUGGAGGACCCAGUGUCAAUGUAUGAUUAUGGGAUUAUACUUCUGCAGGGACAGGGGGUUGAAAAAGACAUUCCAAAAGCCAUCUCAUUCCUGAGGAAAGCAAUGGACCAGGGUUUUGUUCCUGCAAUCAACGCCCUGGCCUGGUAUUAUGAGCAUUUUAAGCAGGACUACAAGCAGGCGGUGCAGCUGUGGGAGCAGGCUGAUCUCCUUGAGUGUCCAGAGGCAGCUUUUAAUCUUGGUGUCAUGUACUCACAGGGUCUGUAUCCAGGAAAAGCUGCCAGCCAGUAUAUGGCCUAUAAAUACUAUCUGAAGUCUGCACAGAGAGGACACAUCAGGGGAGCAACUUUACUUGCUAACAUCUGGACCACUGGAAUGCCAGGCUUUGUCAGCAGACGUCCAUCAGAUGCUGUUUUAUGGGUAAAAUGGGCGGCUGAGCACAACGGAUACCUCGGCAGCAUCUUACGCAAAGCCUUGGAUUCAUAUCUGAAGAAUGACAUGUUCAGUUCACUGUUAUAUUACAUGAUGGCUGCUGAACUGGGAUAUGCACCUGCUCAGUUUAAUGUGGCGUACCUGUGUGAACAAAAUAUGGGAGGUUUUCUGGACCCUGUUUUUGCAUCACACUGUAUGUGGAGGUAUUACAACCUCACAAUUCAAAGUCAAGAUCCUGACACUUAUGCCGUUAUUAGGAUGGGUGACCUGUUGUAUGACGGAUAUGAUGACAGGCAGAAAGACUUGUUUUCUGCCGCACAGAUGUACGCACUGGCAGCACUGAGGAAAAAUCCACAGGGAUGGUACAAUCUUGGCCUGCUAGCUGAAGAAGGCUACAGGCUGCCACUGUCUAUACUGAUUGACCUCAGCCUCUCAGAGUUGUACCUGGCAGACAACAGUUUGCUUCUAAGUGCUUUGUACAAAAGAUGCAGAGAUUCAGAAGAUGCCGACUCAUACUUGCCUUGCAGUCUUGCCCUCUUCCAUGUGUAUCUACAAUCAUUCCAAAAAGACUAUGGUGCUGCUAUCAAGUUCUCCACUGCUGUUGCCGUGGUUGCAGCUCCGACUCUGCUCUUCAUCAUCAUCGGUUUGCUCAGAAGACGCGUCCUGUCACUUAACUAGAACCAAGAUUCCUGUGUGCAUUCAACAAACUGAAGUAAAGGAUUAAACAGCAAAGUCAACCUUCACUGCAACGACACAGCAAUAUCUGUUGUCAUUUUAUUGUUUUCAAUGGGAUUACUAGAAAGAACGAAAGUGACUGUUAUAAAAUGGAUUAUUUUAUAAAUUAUGUUAGUUUUUGUACAUCUGUGAUGUUUUUGAUAUGUAAGUUUAUUAAUUUUCAUUUUAUAAAAAGAGAUUUGACUAAGCAAUAAAGAGUCUGAGUAAAAGUCGUAAAUCCUGUCAGCUGAUGACUUCAGGUAAUUAACACCAUCAGCACUUUACACUUCCAAGUGCAUCAACCGUCACAUAUAUGCUGUAUAGCGUACAUUUUAACGAUAAUAUUUUGAUUUGAAUACCUUUGAGAAUACUAAAUUCAUGCCCUCAGUAUGUUUUCUGUCAAUCUGAGGGCUUCCAGCACCUAAAGGGAGUUCUGAAAUGCCAGGAAAUGCUAAGCCAUCUAUAAAAUACAUGCAACCUACCCUAUUCAGUCAAAAUAUACAAUAUACAUCAGGUCUCUCUUGAGAAUGAGACUCUGUCUCAAUGAGAUUACCUGUAUAAAUAAUUCCAAAUAAAAUUUAAAAAAAGUGAAAAAUUCAUCUUGAGUGAAAUCAACAUCAUGGCUGAGCAACUGCAUUUUGACAUUGCAGUGUACUGCAGUCUCAAAAACCUAGACUGAGACCUCUGACAUUUCAGAUGUGUAAUAAAUCUAAGGGAACUGUCCUUUCUGCUUGCUGGGAGGGACUUUCUAUUUCAUUACUCUUCUUCAGAAUCACUUUCCUGUUUAAAUGUGUGGGAGAAUUUCUCCAAUAUUACAACUUGUUAUGGUGUAAAGGGUAAUUUUACAGAAUUUUAACAGAGCUGGUGUGCUGAGCUGCAGUGAUUAGGGAGGGGUGGCUGUAGACAGAUCCUAGACCUUCACUGAUCAAUGUAUUAUAAAGGAACCAGUGGUUUUUAAGCAAUAAAGGGACUAUAUAUGCGUAUGCAGACUGUUUUUUGUAAACUGAUAUUUACCAGCAGAGUUGUCAAGAGAAACGUCAAUCCAAUACUAUCAGCAUAGUAUACAUGGAAUGUCAGGAAGUGUUAAAUCAUGCAUGUAAACAUGCAACCUGCCUGAUUCAGCCAUAAUACAUCUCUUUCAAUCAAAUUUUAUUUAUAUAGCAGUUUUUAUACAAUGAAAAUACAUCACAAACUGCUUUUCAGCAUUUAAAAACAAUUUAAAACAAGAAAACCCAUCCCUCCAUCCUUCUAUAUAGACAUAUAUACACAGCUACACACACCACUGACAAUAGGGAGAUAAUUUCUUAUCAUUACAGAAUUUUAUUAACAUAAUACUUACUUUUUCCCUUGGCAAACUGUGUUUUUACUCUCGCAAC